UGGAAAACUGUACAGCGAUCCCCAGACUCUUUUCAGUGUUUGGACAGAAAAUGCAGAAAUUCAUGUUGAUCCUUUGAUUUUUACUAAAUGGCCUUACUCAAAACGAUAAUUCGAUCAAAAUCUUGCUUCUGAGCAGCUAGAAGAACUGGUUCUGAAAAUUCUCCAUUUCUUGGUGUCUCUUCAGUCGGAUUAUUUCUAUGUCUCCAUUUUCUAUUUUUCUUCCGUUUCUUCUUUAUUUGAGCUUCGGAGUAUCAUCUGUUCCUAUCGGAUCACGGUCGAUCCUUCGAGCUCUUGGUGACCCUGAUCCCCCCGAUGCUGCUAUAGAUUUGAACACGACCAGCUUCGAUGAAGUUCUCAGGGACUCCCCGGCUUCGUUUGCCAUCGUUGAAUACUUUGCACAUUGGUGUCCUGCUUGCAGAAAUUACAAGCCCCAAUAUGAAAAGGUUGCAAGGAUUUUCAAUGGAGCUGAUGCAGCUCAUCCUGGUAUUAUAAUCAUGGCAAGGGUAGACUGUGCGUUGAAGGUUACAUUCUUUUCCCUUGUCUUGUAUUUAGAUUUUCACUCUGUAAAACGUUGCUGUGUUCUGAAGCUACUUACACUACCAUCCCCCCAAUCACAGAUAAAUAUAAAGCUCUGCGACAGGUUUUCCGUUGGCCAUUAUCCUAUGCUCCUUUGGGGCCCUCCAGCUAAAUUUGCUUCUGGUGGUUGGGAACCUAAAAAGGAGAAAAGUGAAAUACUUGCUAUUGAUGAUGGACGAACUUCUGAGCGCUUGCUUGAGUGGAUUAAUAAGAAAAUGGGGAGUUCUUACAGCUUGGAUGAUGAGAAAUAUGAGAAUGAGAACCUUCCACUGAAUGCAUCAGAUCCUGGACAGAUUGCACGUGCUUUAUAUGAUGUUGAAGAGGCGACCUGGAGUGCAUUUGACAUCAUUUUUGAACACAAGAUGAUAAAAUCAGAGACUCGGGAUCCACUUAUAAGGUUUCUUCAACUCUUGGUGGCUCAUCACCCUUCCAGGAGGUGUCGAAAGGGAAGUGCAGAAAUACUUUUGAACUUUGAUGAUUUGUGGCCUUCAGAUCUAUGGCCAGUUAAUAUAGAAAAAAAUGCAACUUAUCAUGGAAAUGACGCAUUUAAGGGUUUUCAGAUUUGUGGAAAAGAAAUUCCUCGUGGAUAUUGGAUCUUUUGUCGUGGCAGCAAGAAUGAAACAAGGGGCUAUAGCUGUGGGUUAUGGGUUCUAUUACAUUCCCUAUCUGUUAGGCUGGAAGAUGGAGAAAGCCACAUAGCAUUUACAGCCAUUUGUGAUUUCAUUCACAACUUUUUCAUAUGCCAGGAGUGCCGUAGACAUUUCUAUGAGAUGUGUUCAACUGUUUCUUAUCCUUUCAACAAGACAAGCCAGUUUGCCCUAUGGCUAUGGGACACACACAACAAAGUAAAUGAAAGGCUAAAGAAAGAAGAGGAGUCUCUGGGGACUGGUGACCCAAAAUUCCCAAAGAUGCUAUGGCCACCAAAGCAGCUCUGCCCAUCUUGUUAUCGCUCCCUGAAAAAGAAAAGUGAUGGCACCAGUCAGGUUGAAUGGAAUUUGGAUGCGGUGUUCAAGUUCUUGGUUGGUUACUAUGGUAAUAUGCUUGUGUCAUCAUACAAAGACAAUGGUCUCCUUGGGGUUGGCGGAAAUGAGAGGUCUCUGGUUGAUGAUAUGGCAACAUCAACAAGUGCAGUUGCAGUGCCUGUAGGAGCUGCAUUAGGCAUUGCUCUUGCCAGCUGUGCAUUUGGAGCACUCGCUUGUGUCUGGCGGUCCCAGCAGAAGAAUCGGAAGUACUUUUACCAACUACACUCUUUAAAGAACAUAUGAUUAGUAGUAUGGUAAUCAUCAUGUUUUAAGUGCUCUAUUAAAAGCUAAGGAAAAAAGAAAUGGCGUUAGUGGGUAUCAGGGCUGUCAAGUUUCAUUGGGAAGUUUGAUAUUCUUAUUUUCCUUUUUUACCCAACAUUUCAGGCGAAGGAGGAACUGAAGCUGAGAUUAUACCAGAUUAAAACCAGGCGUUGCCAUUAAUUAAGGUGCAUAGCAUGGUCUGUUGGGCUCAUGAUACACAACAACUUAACCAGCCAUACUGCCUACUUGAGCUCCACUUCUAUAUACCUUUUGUUCCCUUCAUUUUUUCUUGUAAUAGCAAUGAAAUGUAUAGAUUUGUUUAAUAACCAUAUAUUUCUUAGCUGAAUGUUUCAUAAUUAUAAUUUUGAAAAUUAUUAGUGAAGUGACAUUGCAGCAUUACUCUCUUUUGAUUCUUUA